GUCUUAUAUAUCUAUAUAGAUUGUUAUGGUGUGAGUUUCUAAGUGUUGGAGAUAUCAGUCGUAGAGAUGUCGGCCUUCUCUCCAGUAUAAUUGAACUAGAUGGUUCUCAGACAAGAUUGACAAAUAGAACGACAAACAAGAGUAAACAUAUGUAUUUUUGAUGUCUGGGCGAACUGUCCCUUUAAAUGAUAAUUUUAUCCCACAUAUUUCUAGUAUCCAGCUGUGUAUAUAGUAUUGGUUUAUUUGUUUGAAAGAGUAAAAUCAGAACAAACCACCUGAAAGAGUCCACAAAGAACCAGGGAUCAUUAUGGAUAUAGGGGAGAAGCAGGUGAACUGGCCCUUUAUCUACCUGCAUGUCAAGUAUUUGCUUGUAUUUUCCUCAGUGGGACAUUUUUGGGAACAAAAGAUUUCUACAAUUCCCAUCUUGAAUGUCACACAGUAAAUGAUGGGUAAUAUGGGUCAGCAGAGAUAAUAUUAAUAACAUGGUAAUGAAAUGGGUGUGAUGACUCAUUUGAUGGUAUCACACACCUGGAGCAUCAAAGGGAAGACGCGGGCAGCCUGGUGCUUCACAUUUAAGCUCUGGAGGCUCUUACCGGACACAACCACGCUUUAUGAGUCACAUCCUCUACAGUGGUUUAAGUGAGACCUUUCUUUCUGAUCCUUAAUGCAUUCUUAUAUUAAUCCUCAUCCCUGGUUCUUCAAUCAUUUCCCAGAAUCCUCAUCCUACAGCUCGCCCACCUGUCUGUAUCACUGGCACAGGAACCAUCAGAUUGAAGGUUUCGGCAUGUGGCAAAGACAGACACACAGAAAUGUACUGAAUGUGUCAUUGCGAAAUUCCAUUUGGCUGCUUAAAGGGAUAGUUUGGAUUGUCUGAAGUGUCUUAUGGCAAAGUAAAGCAGUGAAAAUAUUCUAAAAAUAGCAUUCACUUGACCUGAUAUUGAUUAUUUAGGUGACUAAAGUAGGUUUUGCAGCUGCCCUCGUCCACAGCAGUACAUUGCUUAGCGUCCAUGGUGGUAUUCCUGCCUGCUUCUCCAAACUGGGGAUGUCAACCAUCAUCUACUGUAUGUAAUACACUGACUAUGCAUGAGUACCUCAUAUAACCCUACUUCAAAAUACCACACUAUCCCUUUAGUAAUAAUUGAUUGUGUCUUUUUCUGUUUUAAAAGUUGCUUCAUUUGUUCAGUUGACCGUGUCCACUGCUACAAAGAUAUAUUCUCUUGAGGGAUGUGAAGAUUUAAUUUAAUUGAAGUGAUCCAAAUGUGACAGAAGGUUUUCAUCAUGAGGACAGAAGUAAAUUUGAUUUGAAACGUUAUUAGGUCGAGGCAGUGAGUCCAGUGUUUGAUGUUGCGUUCCUGUCACCAGGAGGACAGAUAAGGGGAUUCUGCACAUACCUGUUGGCUCUGCUGCCAGUGUAUAAAUGGCAACCUUGACACUCAAAGCCGAACACACACACACACGCACAGGUUGGCUCUCAAGAUGAGUCACGGUCAGCGUAGUAGUAAGUCACUAUGUGCGAUAUUAGUUUUCUGAAACUGAAGUGACUCCAUUCUGCACGGACUGAACAGUUCUAACAAUCUAGAUGGAUGCAGCACUCAUGGUGUCCGUCUCUCUGCUUAGACUGGCUCUUGUGCUGCUCUCCUUCCCUGAGCACGCUUCACUGAACAGAGUAUUUGACAACACCUCAGGAACUGUGUAUCCAGGAUCAGUAUUUGUGAAGGAGGCUCUUCAGCGGGCGAUUGAGCUGACUGACGCUGCUUACGCCCGCACAAGUGAAAGGGUGAAGAAGUCUCUGUCUGAAGGCGCUCUGAGACCCAGUGACCUUCUGGCUCAGUUUAAACAGACUGAAGCCAGAACCAGGACUCAGAUCCGGGCUGCAGAACUGUUGGACAACACUGUGGAGCUGAUCAGAGAGAUGGUCUACACUCACACUAUGGUGCAGCCCGACCCUCAGGAGCUGCUGAGUGAAGGAGACAUGGAGAAUCUGCUGCAGGUGACUGGCUGCUCCGCUGAGCUGCAGAGACCCAGCUGUGACACUGACUGUCUGUCUGAGCGCUACAGAUCCAUCACAGGAGAGUGCAACAACAGACAGAAUCCCAGAUGGGGGGCUGCAAACAUCCCGUACUCCCGCUGGCUGCCUGCAGAGUACGAGGAUGUGUGGGGGAUGCCCAGAGGCUGGGACCCAGAGCACACCUACCAUAACGCCUCUCUGCCUCCAGUGCGGCUGGUGUCCCAGGAAGUGCUGUUCACUCACAAUGACAACAUCUCUCUGGACUCCACCCUGUCCCACCUGAUGGUGGAGUGGGGUCAGUGGAUAGACCACGACGUGGUGCUGACACCUCAGAGCCCCAGUACAGCCGCCUUCAGGACAGGAGCUGACUGUACACGCACCUGCAGCCGGGACACGCCCUGCUUCCCCAUACAGAUCCCUCUGUCAGAUCCUCGCAAUGGCGUCCAGACUUGUAUGCCUUUCUUUCGCUCCGCUCCCAGCUGUGUUGCUGGAGUCCCAUCUCAUCACCACCGAGAGCAGCUCAACGCCAUCACCUCCUUCGUAGAUGCCAGCAUGGUGUACGGCAGCUCCGCCAGUCUGGCCUCAGCUCUGAGAAACCACUCCUCCCAGCUGGGAUCAAUGGCCCUCAACUCCCAGCACUCAGACCAGGAGCUGGCCUUUAUGCCCUUCCUGCCACGCCUGCAGGCUCACCUUGACCCCUGCGGCCCCCGAAACUCCACCACCUCAGGGGCAUCGCACAGAUCCAUGCGCCAGGACAACACCACAUCCUGCUUUCAGGCUGGUGAUUCCAGAGCGAAUGAGCAUCUGGGAAUGAUUGCGCUGCACACGCUCUUUCUGAGAGAGCACAACCGGCUGGUCAAAGAGCUGCACCUGCUCAACUCUCACUGGAGCCCUGAUACACUCUAUCAGGAGGCCCGCAAGAUCAUGGGAGCCAUUCAUCAGAUCCUAACAUGGGGCCACUAUCUGCCGCGGGUCCUUGGUGAGACCACCAUGUCUCGUCUGAUGCCUCCCUAUGAGGGUUAUGAUCCCGAGGUGGAUCCCAGCAUUGCUAACGUUUUUGCAGCUGCUGCUUUUCGUUUUGCCCACGUUACCGUGCAGCCAGUGGUGACCAGGCUGGGGCCAGGAUACACCACGAACGCCCAGCAUCCCCCGCUGCCUCUGCAUCAUUCACUGUUUGCCUCUUGGAGGGUCGUGCAGGAAGGAGGCAUCGACCCUGUGCUGCGCGGUCUGCUGCUGUCUCCAGCCAAGCUGCAGACUCCAGGUCAGAUGAUGGUGGAGGAGCUGACAGAGAGGCUGUUCCAGGCUCAGGGUGGGAUGCCUCUGGACCUCGGGGCCCUUAAUCUGCAGAGGGGUCGCGAUCACGGCCUGCCUGGAUACGGCUCGUGGAGAAGGUCCUGCAGCCUCUCUGUUCCCAACACUACAUCCGAACUGGCUGAAAUCCUGAGCAACUUCACUCUGGCUCACAAGUUCCAGCUCUUGUACGGGACGCCACACAACAUCGAUGUGUGGGUAGGAGCAAUCGCUGAGCCCGCCCUGCCUGGAGGCCGAGUCGGACCGCUGCUGUCCUGCCUGCUGGCGAGACAGUUCAGAGCACUGAGAGACGGGGACAGGUUUUGGUGGGAGAGGGAAGGAGUGUUCACCAGCACCCAGAGGAGAAACCUCCGCACUGUCUCUCUGUCCCGCAUCAUUUGUGACAACAGCCGCAUCACUCAUGUCCCCGCUGACCCGUUCACACACACACAGAGGCCAGACGACAUGCUGGCCUGUUCGCACCCACUCAUCUCUCACCUCGACCUCCGCCCGUGGAAAGAACCAGACACAGAUCCCAGCUGUGGUGCAAUACCCAAGAUUCAGUCUGGCUACUCCCUGCUCUGUGACUCUGUGAUUCUGUAUCAGUGUCACUCUGGCUUCAAGCUGCUGGGAUCUUCGUCUGUCAGCUGUGAUCCAAACAGCCAGCAGUGGAGCCCCACACCCCCCACAUGUCAAGAUAUCAAUGAAUGUGAGGAACAAACUUCUCUCUGUCCACAAAACCUGGAGUGUCUCAACAUACCAGGUUCCUUUAUUUGCUCAGAACCCCACUCGCUGUCCGUCGUCUCCAUAGUCACUGCAGUGAUAGUAGUGAUUGGUGGUGUGGCUGCGCUGCUCAUGAUCAUGUUCUGUUAUCGAAGAUAUUUUCCCAAGAAAGAAGAGUUGGUCAAUGCUGGAUGUUGCCAGGCAAAAAGUUAAAAAAAGACUUUGAAUGUUCUUGUGUUUCUCGACAGUAUGUAUAAUUAUUUUAGGUUGCAAAUGUAUUUAUGUGUGGAAUUUUUGCCUAUAAUAGUAGAAUAUUUUGUUUUGUUAAUUGAUAAUAGUCAUAACACCAUUACAUUAAUAGUAUUCCUGUUGUAACAACAGAGUUUGUACCUAUAAAACAUGACUGGACCUGCU